CAGCGGCACAGGCAGGCAGCAGCAGCAGCAUCGGCAGCCGCAGUAGCUCCUCUCCAUGGCGGCGCCCCGCCAGCAGCAGGAGGAUGAGGCUCUGCACGGUUCCUGGGUGGAGGUGCCCCAUUUUGCCCCAGAGGAUGCCCUGGGUCCGGAGCAGGUGCCCACUCUGGCCUGUUUUCCCCACGGCGACAUGGAACAGGUCCUGCUUGAAGCCCAGAUGGAGGCGGGGCGGGGCGAAGGCCCGGCCGACAGCCCCUCCUUGCACGGAAGGCCCCCCCCGCAGAAGACCCGAGCACUGGGCAGCCCCCCCCUCCGCUCCGGGCCCCUCCCCACAGAGGCCUCCUUCCCUCUGCAGAAUGAAGACCCCGAGAGGCCCCUGCGGGGGGAGAGCCUGGCCUGGUGCCCCGCAAGCGAGCUGGUCUGGGUGGCCCCGCCAUGGGCCCCCCUGCUCCGCCCGGCCUUGCGCAGGAAGAGGGGGGUGCGCAACCCCCCGCCGCCGCCGCCGCCGCUGCUGCUGCUGCUCGUCCCUUCACUGCUGCUGAGCCACGGGCUGGCCCUGGGGCUGGGAAUCUGCAUCGGGAAGCGCCUGGCUGCCCCCUCGGCCAGCGGCCUGUGACCCCCCCCCCGGCUGACGGUGGCGUCGUCUCCUUGUGCGCAGCCCUUCCCUGGAGAGGCCCGCUGGGGAGGGGCCACCACUGGGACACCUCCAGGCCUGUCGCGCCCCAGCCCCAUCUGUGCCUGCCUGAGAAUAACCGGAGGGGGGCGGGGGGGAGAAGAGCCUGGGAUCAGCUCGCCCCCCCCCCCCACAGAGCCCACUCCUGCUUGCUCCCCACGGCUGAGCCCCACAGCGCCUUCCCGGCUGGCUCCCCUAGGCGUGCUCUCUGCAGCCUUCUGGAAGUGCAGCGCCCAGGACCGUGGGGCAGCGGUGCUCCUCCGAGAGAUGUCCCUCCUCCUCCUCCUCCGCCGUGGGGAAGCCAGGCCGUGUCUGUCGGACAAAGCAAGGAGGCGGGAGACUUUCGGGGGGGGGCAGAGGAGGAGGAGGGGCUGCUGCUGCUGCUGGUGCCCAGUUGCCACAGGACUGAAAGGGGGCUGCGGUGGAGGCCACGGAAGCCACCCCCUUCCUUACGAAGCAAUGGGGGGGCCCACCGCAGGCAGUGCCGGCUCUGCCAUGAGCGGACAGAGGCUCAGAGAACAGCAAUA